CGGAGUAUUAAGGAAGUGGAGUGGUGUAUGUAUGUGUGUGUUUUCUUUUUCUAAACGUGAUACUGAGCUCUGGAGUUUCUUGGAGUCCUGGAUUGUUUCUUCUAGUGCCGUGAAGCUAUACCUGCACACCAUGCUUUCUUGUGAUAUAUGUGGUGAAACAGUAACCUCAGAACCAGACAUGAAGGCUCACCUAACUGUUCACAUGGAAAAUGAAGUUAUAUGUCCAUUUUGCAAGUUGCCAGGCAUAAAUUAUGAUGAAAUGUGUUUUCAUAUUGAAACUGCUCAUUUUGAACAGAACAUGUCAAAAAGAAACUUUGAGAAGAUAGAUACAAUACAGUAUGGAACUUCAUAUAGGAAGGACAACACCUUACAGAGCGCAAUGGAAGUUAAUUCAGGUAUUCAUUCAGAUGGUGCAUCUAGUCAUCCAAAGAGUUCAACUCAAAACCUACCUAAUGAUGGUACUUUAACAUAUGGAGCCUUUUAUUUAGAGAACUUAACUGAGUCUGGAAAGUUCCUGAAAAGUAAGGGAAAGCAAUGUGAAUUAUAUGGGGUAAAAGGAUCAAUUUAUGAAGCAACAUAUAGUCCCCCUGUAUGUCCAUUCUGUGGGGAAAAAGAGAAAUAUAGCGAAGAUAUAGAAAUUCAUGUAAAAACAAAGCAUGCCAAUCUUUUGGACACUCCAUUAGAAGACUGUGAUCACCCACUCUACAGUUGUCCUAUGUGUGGGCUCAUAUGUACAGAUUACCAUAUUCUUCAGGAACAUGUUGACUUGCAUUUAGAAGAAAGCAGCUUUCAACAAGGCAUGGACCAGUGUUCUAGUGAUCGAGAAUUAGCUCACCAGCUUCAACAGGAAGAGGACAGACAAAGGAAAUCUGAAGAAUCAAGACAAGAAAUGGAAGAAUUUCAGAAGUUGCAGGGACAGUAUGGUUUAGAUAAUUCUGGAGGAUACAAGCAACAGCAAAUACGACAUAUGGAAAUAGAAGUUAAUAAGGGAAAAAUGCAUCCAUUUGAAUUUCAUCAAAGGAAAGCUGACAUGAUGGAAGCAUUAGCUAUUGGUAUUGAUGAUGGGCAAACAAAAACUUCUGGGAUUACUGAAGCCCUUCAUAGGUACUAUCAGAACACUGUCACAGACGUGAAACGUGUAUGGCUCUCUACAGGGGUGGAUCAUUUUCAUUCAGCUUUAGGGGACAAGGGUUGGGGCUGUGGUUACAGAAAUUUCCAAAUGCUGCUUUCAUCAUUAUUGAAAAAUGAUGCAUAUGAUGAUUGCUUAAAAGGUAUGUCAGUUCCUUGCAUUCCAAAAAUUCAGUCAAUGAUUGAAAAUGCAUGGAAGGAAGGUUUUGAUCCUCAAGGGGCCUCACAACUUAAUAACAAGUUACAGGGAACAAAGGCCUGGAUUGGAGCAUGUGAAAUAUAUACACUCCUGACCUCACUGAGGGUAAAAUGCCGUAUUAUUGAUUUUCACAAGUCAACUGGUCCUUUGGAUACACACCCAUGCUUAUUUGAAUGGAUAUUGAAUUAUUAUUCUUCAGAGAGGGAAGGGAAUUCAAAGGUUAUAUGUACAUUUAAACCUCCUGUCUAUCUCCAGCAUCAAGGUCAUAGUCGAACAAUUGUUGGAAUUGAAGAGAAAAAAAACCAAACAUUGUGCUUGCUAAUAUUUGAUCCUGGAUGGCCUUCUCAAGAAAUGCAGAAACUGUUAAAGAAAGACAUAGAAGCUAGUACUCUCAAGCAACUUCGGAAAACUGUGGGAAAUUUAAAGCAUAAGCAGUACCAAAUCGUGGCAGUAGAGGGUACCCUUUCACCAGAGGAAAAAGUUGCCAGGAAACAAGCUUCCCAAGUCUUUACAGCAGAGAAGAUUCCUUGAAGAAUCAAACCCUUCAGUGUUUUCAGAAUUAUACUUUGUUUUCCAGAUUCAGAUACUGAGCUUCUUGCCACAAGUAAAGAAUUGGAUAUCUCUCCGGGCGUGGUGGCGCACGCCUUUAAUCCCAGCACUUGGGAGGCAGAGGUAGGAGGAUUACUGUGAGUUCAAGGCCACCCUGAGAAUGCAGAGUGAAUUCCAGGUCAGCCUGAGCUACAG